AUGGCGGAGACAACGGAGAAGCACGGAAUCUACAUCAAUGAGAAAGACCUCAACGGGGAGUGUUCAACACCGCAGCCCGACGAGCCCCAUGUAAAUGAAUCGACAACUACCACGGGCAAUACAACGCAAAUACCCCUGCCAGGAGAACUAGCCAACCAACGGGAGCAGAAGUCGCCUGCCUUCGGCCCCUAUUUUCGGGUCUUGCGCUAUGCUACAGCUCUUGAUCAUAUCCUUAGAUGCUAUGGGCUUUUCGCAGCAGCAGCAUUUGGAGCUGCCGUGCCACUGAUGACUGUUGUCCUAGGUAACACGGUGGAUGAUCUCAAUAGCUGGGGCAGUGGUGAGAGAGACAUAACCGCCUUAGCGAACAGAACUUCUAAGAAUGCAUUGUGGUUGACAUACCUGUUUAUCGGCUGCUUCUUCUCCUCAUGCACAAGCGUCCUAUGCUUCAAGAUCACCGCCAUCCGCUCUAGCUCAGCACUGCGGGAGGACUUCAUUCAAGCACUUCUCUCACAAGACAUCAAUUUUCUUGACUCGUUCUCAUCAGGAAAAGUUAGCACCUUGAUAUCAAAUAACGCGGACUUGGUGGAAAGCGGCUUGGGAGAACGUGUCGCAGUCUUCGUUUCAGGUUGUUCGAUGCUUGUAGCCGCAUUCGUGGUUGCAUUUACACAAUCUUGGAGGCUCACCUUGGUCGUUGCCAUCUGUAUUCCCCUGUCGACUAUCGGGGCGGGUAUUGUUGUGGUAGCAGAUACGAAGAUGAGCGCCAAAGUGCUAGAGAUAUACGCAAGAGCUGGUGGCCUUGCAGAGGAGGCUUUGUCCACGAUACAGGUUAUCGCUGCUUUUGGAGCAAGUACUAAGCUUCAGACAAAGUACGACAGGUAUCUGGAGGAAGCAAAAGCACUGAGCAUCAAACAGGGGCCACUGCGAGCGCUGCAGUACGGCAUCUUUUUUGCGACAACUUACCUAUCCUAUGCUUUCGCAUGGCUUUACGGAACUCACCUGUUGGUUAGUGGAACCAUUUCUAGCGGAGGCAAAGUAAUCGUGGUGUUGAACGCACUUCUGCUUUCUUCAGCUUCUCUGAACAACAUCGCCCCCUCUCUCACCGAUCUAUCGAAGGCCUCCGCCGCUGCUAAAGGGCUCUUUGACGUUGUCGACCGAAAAUCGACUGUUGACUCCCUUUCCGAGAUGGGAAGGAAGCCAGAUACGGUGGCUGGACAUCUAUCACUGCACAACGUGUCGUUCGCUUAUCCCUCUCGACCAUCCGUUAAAGUUCUUGAUAAUGUAAGCAUAGAGUUUGAAGCCGGCAGGACCACAGCGAUAGUUGGCCCAUCGGGGAGUGGAAAGAGCACUGUUCUUGCAUUGAUUACUAGGUGGUUCGACCCUGAGUUAGGUUCCAUCUCCCUGGAUGGAAUAGACACCCAAAAUAUCAAUCUCCAAUGGCUUCGCGGUCAAAUGGGGGUUGUGCAGCAGGAACCAAUCCUAUUCAGUGACACCAUAUACAAUAAUGUAUCUUACGGACUAGAACGUCAAGCAAGAAUCAUUGGUAACGCUAGUAACGAAGAGCGGUCUCAGAUGAUUCAUGAGGCAUGCCGCCAGUCGUUUGCUGAUCAAUUCAUACGGAAGCUUCCGGAUGGCUACGAGACCACCGUGGGGAAUCGAGGGGAUACUCUCAGUGGUGGCCAGAAGCAACGAAUCGCAAUCGCUCGCAGCAUAACCUCCAAUCCUCCCAUCCUCCUACUUGAUGAAGCAACUUCUGCCCUUGAUCCCGAAGCAGAGAAGACGGUUCAGAGUGCUCUUGAGAACGCAUCAAAAUGUCGCACAACAAUAGUCAUUGCGCACAAGCUGUCGACCGUCCAAAAUGCUGACAAAAUUGUGGUUAUGAGCGAUGGCAAGGUAGUGGAGCAGGGUACGCAUAAGGAGUUGCUCGCAAAAAAUGGGACAUAUGCAGCCCUUGUGAAUGCCCAAACACAUGACGGCCAACAGCACACUGGUCACAUAGCCCGUCGUCCAACGAGUGUGACAGAAGAGAAUGAGCAAAUAUCCCGCGAAGCUGACUAUGAGGAUAAGCCCAGUCGUCCAGAGGAAGGCUCCUGGAGAUCGACCACAAGGCUAUCAAUGGUCGUCUGCCUGAAGAGAAUUCUAAAACAUCAGAAACGCCUUUGGCCAUACUACAUCGCAACACUACUCUCUUCCGCUCUCGGGGGAGCCCUGUUUCCUUCCUUGGCCGUGGUAUUCAGCAAAGCGGUGACCAUCUUUCAGCUCUCGGUACAAGAGCGAGGCCCCGAACUCCGAAGCCGCGGCUACUUCUGGGGCUGUAUGUUCAUCGUUAUUGCAGUCGGCUUACUCUUAGCCUCCGCUGGCUUGGGACAUUUCUCAACAGUUGCGGCAUGCCACCUGACAAAGGCCUAUAGGAGCGAAUACUUUGGCGCAAUGUUGAAUCAAGAUGCUUCCUUCUUUGAGAAGGAGGACAACGCUGCUGGUUCAAUGGUCAGCCGGUUAUCUACGAAUCCUCAACGUAUUCAAGAUCUGAUCUCCAUUAAUCUCGGGUUUAUUCUCAUGUCUAUCGUUAACGUUUUAGGAUCGUGCGUGCUCGCGUUGGCAGUCGGCUGGAGGCUUGCACUCGUUACUAUUUUCGGAUGCUACGUACCCUUGCUCUUCGCCGGAUUUGCGCGCAUCAGGAUUGAUGCAAUCAGCCAGCAUCAAACAGCAAAGGCAUAUCGUGAAUGCGCAAGGUUUGCUGGUGAAGUUAUUGCUGCAACUAGGACGGUUUCAAGUUUAACACUCGAAAGGAGGAUCAUUGGGAUAUACAAAGACAAGCUUUCGGUGGCAUCGAGAAAAUUGACCAGCCAAAAUGUCUUAAGCUCUGUCUUUGUCGGCUUAACAGACAGCAUUAUUUUUGCAGCAAUGGCGUUAGUGUUCUGGUAUGGUAUGAAGCUUUUGACCAGGGAUGAGUACUCCGUGGAGACAUUCUUCGUCGUGUUCAUUGCGUUGAUCUUUGGGGGACAAGCGGCAGGCUUCAUGUUCGGCGUUACUCUGCGUAAGCAUCUUAUCAUCCCCAACAAAUUCGCUAUUAAUGGCAGUCCAGAUACCACAAAAGCCCACGCUGCUGCCGACGACAUUUUCUCCCUUCUGGACUCACACGCGCCUAUCCAAUCAUCGACAGGCAUCGACCCUCCUCGAAACCCGUCCAACAUAACAGCAAUCGAUUUCAAGGCUGUAACAUUCUACUAUCCCACACGGCCGGCUUCUCCAGCCUUGCGUUCUCUCUACCUAUCCAUUCCUCGCGGCUCGCACGUUGGCAUCGUCGGGGCCUCCGGUAGUGGCAAGUCCACCAUCAUAUCACUAAUUGAGCGUUUCUAUGAUCCCUCAUCAGGCUCCAUCCUGAUCGACGGACUUCUGCUGACAAGUCUUUCCGUGGCGGCACAUCGUAAUAGAAUCGGCUAUGUUUCUCAAAACACCACGCUUUACGACGGUUCGAUACAGGAGAAUGUCAUGCUCGGUAUUGCCCCCAGCAGUGAUAUUCAUGUGGACGAACGGAGGGUUGUGGAAGCGUGCAAGUCAGCUAAUAUACAUGAUUUUAUCGUCUCGCUCCCAGAUGGGUACAAUACUGAAGUUGGAGCCCGCGGUAUCGCUCUGUCGGGGGGUCAGCGACAGCGCCUAGCCAUCGCUCGCGCUCUUAUUCGUGAUCCCGAGAUACUGCUCUUUGAUGAAGCAACGAGUGCGCUGGAUUCGGCGAGUGAGAGGGUGGUCCAGCAAGCAAUUGAGAUGGCAGUUAGGUCAUACCAAGCCGGGAACUCCGCGGGUGGCCAGGCCGAUGAGGGAGUAGGGUCAAAGAUGGGCCAUCGGACCACGGUGGUGGUCGCUCAUCGUCUGUCAACAGUAAGAAAUUGUGACAGGAUUUUCUUGUUGCACGAGGGUGAGGUCAAGGAAGAAGGGAGUCAUGCGGAGCUAAUGCAAAGGCAAGGUAGAUAUUAUGAGAUGGUUAUGGCACAGGGUCUACACCUUGAGGUGAAGGUGGAGGGUAGCCCUGACCGCAUGUUUCGAGCAUGA